GCUUUGCGCCCUCCCCUCUGCGCGCCGUCCCUCGCCGCCGCCGCCGCGAGCCCUUCAGUGUUUGGAUCGGUGUCGUGGAUAGAUGGGCUACAUGCCACCCGUCACAAGCCUACAGGCUGCAGCGUGUGUUAGUUCGACUGGCAAUUUUGGCCGCUUCUCUCGUCGCCGGGGCUCCUUUUUCCCCCCCCCUGCUUGGAUACUACUGACUUAGGCAUUGGAUAUGUGCACACAAGAGGAUGACAGCCCCUUUCCCCCACGUAGAAGUAAAAUAAAAUAGGCUUUCGCACACACUGGAUUAACUCCUGUCGUUCCAUAUGAAGAAGUCAAAAAUUUGGAUACGUGUCUGUGUCUAUUUACUGCUGUUCAUCACGCUUGGGGUACAUUCAAGUAGAUUUGACGUCAACCCAGUGACAGAUGACAUCUCUAGGCUCUCUGUUUUGAGACAAAAUAUUCCUAAAGAUUACAAAAUUCCUGUACAUUACGUUCCAAAAGAAGAGGGGGGGAUGUGUUGGGUAAAAUUAAACGUGUUUUACCUGGAGGAGAGUUUAAAAGAUUUAGCGCAUAAGUUUGGAAACAUUUCAUCCAACAGAAAAGAUAUUAGCAUAUUCAUCCAAAUGCUCCAAGAACUGCGGCUCAACAUGGGGUCUCUGGAGCCGAUCAUGUACGAUUUCGAGUGCCACUACAGGGAAGAGAGGUGGCAGACAGCGCGGUACUUUGACUUUGUCGAAGACUUCCUUUUAGCUGCACAGAAUAGAGAAGAUUCAGAUGACUGCAAUCCUCCUCCUUGUCCCACCACACCCUACACAGUAACAACAGAAGAAUAUUUACACGAAUCACCCACGUCCAGCAGGGAAGGCUCAGACUGUACGACAGGCUGCGUGUCACUCCCAAAUCAAGGAGCGAGAUUCCUUCCUGAGGUGGUGGAGCGAAUCCUCCUCUCCUUGCUGUUGAUCUUGAUCGUAGUCAUCGUAUUCCUGAUAGUGUGGAAGGUCCGAUCAUGGAGAAACGAGGGGGAGCUUCAACAGAACCCUGAAGAAGGGGGACUCUCCACGGGAACAGAAUGGACUGCCCCUCCGCUGGAUGAAACAUCAGAAAAAAACAAGUUGAACGUCAUCGAAGCGGUGUAAUCCUUUUACCCAUCUGUGUUCUUCUGCGUAACUGGGCUCUACUCUUUUCUCCUGUUGGUGUUUUCGAAGGUGAUGAAAAACAAACGCGAGGCGGAACUCCAUAGCGAGACCCUCCGAGUCGAAAGGCCUGUUUUUGACUGCUCUCCAGAUACCACAACGGCAGAUUCACGAUUUUCGCCAUGGCCGAGAAUUUCCUUUUUGGUUAAGUCAUGCCUGCUACCGUAUGGAUAAGCUUGCCUUUCUUUGUAAGACUGCAUUAACCAACCGCAUGCUUUUGUAAAAGACCGUGUGAGAUUUUGUGAAGAGGGGGAACCCCCCUCCCCCCACACACACACACACACACACACACACACACACAGGCCUCCACUGGAUCAUCUGGCUCCUGCAAAUCAUCCACCACACCCCGGCUGCGUCAUGAAUACUUUUGGGUAAAGGCAACGGAUGACUGUCAAUGACGAUCACUUGCGAAGUAGCAGUGUGAAGAGGGCACGCUGGCUGUGACCUUUCCCAUCGGGCCGCCCUGCCGCCGACGAGCGGACACCGGCAGAAGUGACGGGACACGCGUCUGUUUCUGUGCGUAGUCGGAGUAUUUCUCUCAUGUCUGUGAUCUGACAUUGUACCACGUCCAUUCUUUGGUUUUGUGCCUUGUUUGAUUAGCCUGCUUGAAUCGGUGUGUAAAUGUCAAAAGCCUUUCUGUGUGGUAGCAGACAGUGGGGAGAUCAUUACAUGGCAGAUUAGAAUAAUCUCACCGCAGUAACCCAACAAAUAUGAUCUCCAAUCUCUCUCUCCCUCUCCCCCUCUGUCUCUCUCUCGUGAACAAAAUCCCAACUAUGACAGUUCAGUCGGCCUGACCCAUGCCCAGUUAUGAUUUGGAAGAAAAGCAGUUGCUCCAGUAUGUAAAAAACUCUUUCUCGGCGGAACAAUCUGCAGUGGUUGUGACAUUUCUGACCACACAUGACAUUUUAGCCUUUGUAAACCUUUAGGAAACAGUUCAGCUGGUAACUCCGCUUGUUUCUUGUGUAUAUGGGACUAUAUGUUGGGACUUUUUUUGUUGUUGUUGUAGGAGAUGAGAGUACAGUAUAUUGUGCUGAAUUGAAUCUGUGAGUGAAGAAAAAAAAAAAAAGGUAUACCACAUUGGUGUUCAUAUAGUUUGAAGCAACAGUACCUUGCAGCAUCAAUAGCUGGAAUCCUUUGGUGUUGUAAAGUAUUGUUUGUUUGAGUUGAACUGCGUGAAAAUUUUAUUCAUUCCAAAAUGCAUCUUUGAAGAACUUCUCCGUUAGCGUCAACAUGUUACUGGUGCCAUAUUCUUUAUGGCAGUUUAGAGCCGAGUCUGUGUUAGCAAACGUAUACCACAUUGGUGUUCAUGUAACCCACAGCGACAGUAAUUUUAGCGGGAAUAAUCUGAGAUUAGUGGCGUGGUCAAGCACUGUUAACGUUAGAGCUUGUAGCCAGUUACGUGUGCUCAAAAAUGCAUUUUUUUUUAACAAUAUUGGAACAUACUAUCGAUGGCAGUUUAGACCUGAAACUUUCUCUUCAAUCGUCUCUAGAUUUACACGACUAUAACAUGCAGUGCAGUAUUCUGACAGAGACACGGGCUAGUCUAUAGCCACAGACUAACUAACAGACAAGAUAUACAGUAUGUCAAACGUUGCUUUUCAUACAUAGUCUAUGAAUAUCAUGAGCCGCAACAGGUCUAAGCUGUGAACAAAAAACCUCUCUCGUUCUUUCUCUCUUUAUAAAAAAAAUAUAUUAUACAUAUAUAUAUAAAUAUAUAUAUAUAUAUAUAUUUUUUUUAUAUAUAUAUAUAUAUAUAUAUAUAUAUAUAAAACAUGGUCUCCCAUUUGCAUGGUCUCCAACUUGCAUAGGCAAGAGCCAUAAACAGUCCGUAUGUCUGAUGCAUUGAAGCCAGAAAUCAAGCGAUUCCAUGCAUUAGUGGAGAGAAUGACUGCCCUUAAAUGCUGUUCCUGUGUGGGCUGUUGUGUGGUCUGAGCGCGUGCAGAGCUGCAUUUCUGAACAGUGCUUUUCGGGCUCGAGUGGCCCAAUCCAUCCCGAUGAAUCAAAUGGCUCUGGGCAGGAAACAAGUCUGGGUGCCAAAAAAGCAAAUGUAAUUAUUGCCUGGUUGGUAUUCUGGGUGAAAACUCUACUGUAUUCUGUAUUUUUGUAUAAAUGUAUACAUAUAUGAGAUAUGAAUAAAGUACACGUAUCCAA